UUCGCAAUUUGAUUGCUUCUGGAAAGACCGUUGUGCAACGCCUGCGCCGCCGCCGACUGCAAUCACCCCCAAUCGCGAUGUCGACGAUCAAACAACCCGCCACCCACUCGUUCCUCGCGAGCGCGACCAAGAAGAAUGAUACUCUCCUUCGCGUCAAGGAAGAAGUCUUGUCACCGAAGCAAACCGUGCCAGCCAUUUCGCUUGUUACCCCCAGCAAGCUCAAGAUCCCGGCGCCUGUUCCCACCGCGGCGAAGAAGCGAAAAAACGUCGUGCACUCCCCCGUGGGCAGUGAAUGCAGCACCACCUCCACCUCAAGCAACUCGAGUGCCAAGAAGCGCAAAGCCAGCGUGAACGACGACCUCUUCGACCUGAACGACAUGGGGUCCGCAGAAGAAAAGAUCAAGGAGAUGGAACGUCAGCUGCUCAGUUUGGACCCUGACUCCAAAGAAGCGAAGAAGAAGCGACGAUUGAUUCGCAACCGCAUGUCUGCCCAGCUGCACCGCGAACGCAAGAAGGCGUACGUCGUUCAAUUGGAAGAACAACUGCAAGCCAAAGAUGACGAGAUGCAAGCCCUCAAAGCUCAGUUGGAUGCGUUGAAAGCCGAAAACUCGCGUUUGAAGGACAGCGACAUCCCAUCAAUCAAGCUUGAACAACCCACCGUUUCUGUCAACGCCGCGGAGCAUCCGGUGGUUGCCGCAGAAGCCACUGCGUUUGACACGGACGCAUUGAUCUAUGACUUGGAAUGUGAACCUGAUCAUUGGGAUUCGUCGAUUUUGAAUGACUUGGACUCGGACAUGCUGGAAUUCCCCGACCAAACGGCACCAACCGCAAUCCCCGCCGCAGCGCCCCGCAAGUCGGCCGAGAUCCACGAUUCGUUCGUUGCCAAGAAGAACUUGGCCAUGAUGAUGGCGAUUGUGUUUUCCAUGACAUUCUUCGGCGGCAUGAUGUCGAUCUUCGACACAAUUUCGUCUGGCUCGGGCUCCGGCUUCUGCUCAUACUUCAAGUCGUACUCCCCCAAGAUGCUUGGCGACAUGAGCGUCAAGUCGCGCGUUUUGUCGGACUUAGAAGGCACGACGUGGAUGGAUUUCCCUGAAAUGAACGAGUCGGAGCCCGCCAAGGAGAAGGACUCGUCGUCGGACCAUAACCAGUACUCGCACGGUAUUCCCAUGGACGACUUGUUUGACGACAUCUCUAUGUCGUUUGCCAUGCCCCUCGAAGAUGACGAGGAAGAGGAAGAUGAAGACAUGAUGGGCGGUAGCGACAGCGGCUCCACCUCCGAAGAAGAUAGCGGUUCGGACAGCAACUACGUCAAACCAACCAAGCUCGUACUGACCAAGAAGGACUUGAGCUACGCUAACCUGACCCGUCUGUGGUGCGAGAAGCGCAGUGUGCUGUGCACGUUGGCAUCGGCUGGCGAAGAAGUGAAGCACGCCGUGGUCGACUUGAGCCAUGUGGAGGACUCGAUGGCGAUGGAAGUAUCGUUUGCCGAAGUGUUGGCGUCGUUUACCACGGGCGCUGAAGACCCGAAGGUGCUCGGGUCCACGGAGAAGCAAGUGUUGAGCUUUUUGUAUCCCAUGGGCGUCUUUUCAAGGGACGAAACCACCACGGUGGACCUCGCCGUGCUGGAGCCGCUGCCGUUCAUGGAAGUGGCAUGUCAUAUUUAAUCGCCAUGAAGUCGACGACCGCGUAUAUAUUAGACCCAAGUGUAUUAUUAUUUUCAAAUUCACCCAAUUUUUGUCC